AGCUCAAAAGUCUUCCGCCCUUGAAGCCUCUAAAUGGCGGGAACGCUGACUCGCUUCUUCGCGUCGGCGUCGAGCUCGGGAGCGUUCGCGAGCAUCCGUGGCGACGCGCAUCUAUUGCAGACCUCGCAGACUUUAUACGACCAGAUAUUGCCGUCUGCACCGGUCAUCGGCGUGGACGAGAGCAAUGCGCGUAGCAAGGAGAGCGAACCAGACAAGAUCUGGGCCUUAGUGGCCGUUGUUGCCACAAGAAUGACGCAGGAGGUCAAACAAGAGCAAGCGGAAGAAGAGCAAUGCUCUACAAGUGUACAGACCAAGCUGGAGUGGCAUCUAGUGGAUCUACUGGCCGAGGCCGGUGUGGGAUUGCAGGAAUUCCUGCUCUACUUGACUAGUCUCUUUAACCGUUUGCUCUUGGAGCCGGAGCUUCUAGCAGCCACUACACUACUCAAAGAGGAGUUCACAAUUGCCACUUUAUUGUUCGAGAAGUACCGCGUGCUCUGGGAAGCGCUUGUACCCAAGAAGAGAACCCAAUCGCUAUUUCCUUCCGAUCCCGAGCCAGAGAGCGACGCAGAGCAAAAUACAGAGCUGAAGACACGCACACGACGCCGGAAACUCUUCGAAGGAGGCUGGUUGCUGUUUCUAUUGGCCAAAAGAAGACUGGACGCGCACUAUUCGGGUCUUGGACAGCUCUACCACUUACUAUUAGCUACUCUACAUUUGGUCCUUGCUAAUGCUCAAGCGUCCCAAGCCACAGUAGAAGCGGAAGUAGCAGCGGCGUUGAGUGCCAUGGGUGCACUGGGAGAUGGCAAGGCGUCGCCUGUAAAAUCUGGAGCAGGAGUGAAGACCAGUGCACAGAUUCUGGAAGCUCUUUGUGCGGCUCCAAAAGUGGAUCCCGCCGAUGUUUCACGUGCAUCGGAACAUUUAGGACUGGUGCUACAACAAUUAAGAGACGAGCAGGUGUUGCAGAAACCGGAAGACGAGCAUAAUGUGCUCAGUAUGGCGCUGUUUAGCGAUGACGUGCUGGAAGCCAAUGUUGCCAGAUUGUCGGACAAAUACAAGGACGAUUAUCUCGAUGGAUGUGGGAAACUGGACGAACGGUUCUUCUUGGAUGCUCGUAUUCGACGCAUAAUUAUGGGGGCGAGUGCUAAUGCCCAAGCAGAUAGUGGAGACAGCUCGGCUGAUUCAUCUGGCAGUCGUAGUACUGCGCGUACAAUGUUGUCCCCGGUACGUCGCAAUAUGCUCGCUCGACGACGAGAUAGUAAUCCUACUACCCCAGCUACACGAGGAAUGAUGACACCGCCUCGCCAUCGCCAACAAACAUUCCCCGCUCGUGGACUUAACUCGCCGUUGAUGCAUUCCUGGCAGUGGCAAGGUUCGCCUGGAGGACCGCGUUUUGGUGUAAGCCCACGCCCAUCACCGGGAUCGAUGCGCACACCGGUAACUGCAGCAGUGGAGACCAAUAACUGGGUACGGGAAACGCUGUCGAGCACUAUGUUGACGCCUGUGACGCCGCAGCUUUGUCGAUUUUUCUCGGAUUGUACAGUGGACCCAACGGAGAGAAUCACCCGAGUUUUACAUGAACACUCGGAGUUGCUACUAUCCGCACGUAACACUGGUCGAGUGACAGCUGGGAGAGUGCGCUCAACGGCUACGUUGGUGAUUGAUGAUCAGGAGGACGAUGCCGAUGAGAACGGAAAUACUCGGAAUGUACCGUUUCCAUCAGGUGUGGACGACAGUUUAAGACGUACGAAAAAUCUGACGAUCGUGCUGUUUUACCGAGUGCUGGAGCCAUUGCUACAGUCAGAGCGUGAGAGGUUACGCAACAAUGAUUUCUCCAAGCUACUGAACAACGAGGUCUUCCUUGCCACGUUGUUUGCGUGCAGUGCUGAGGUGGUACUCAAAGCGCACUCACUCAUCACGAUCUCGUACCCUUUCCUGCUUGAACAUUUGCAUGUGAAUGCUUUCCACUUCGUUACAACAAGCGAAAGUUUUGUCAAGUAUGCACCGAAGCUGCCUUCUGCGUUGAAGAAACACAUGGGCGAUGUUAAGAACCGCAUAUUGGACUCAGCCGUCUGGAGAUCGGACUCGGCGCUUUAUCAGCUGCUCAAAGCACCGUCAAGUGCUCCCAGUACACCAAGUUUGGCUGAUCGAUUGAACGGAGAUGGAACUGCUACGUCAAGUCCAGUGGGUCAUGCUCCGGUGCUUCGUCUCUUUUUCCGAAUGGUGUUAUCUCGAGCAGCUUCUAGGAUUUACCAACUGUGCAACAUAUUGGGACUGGACUCAACAGAUCAAAACCAGAUCUGGACGGCUGUGAAGGAGUGCAUCACGUCACACCAGUACUUAUUGAGAGACCGCCAUCUGGACUUGAUCGUGUUGUGCAAUAUUUAUGCGGUAUGCAAGGUUUCGCGUGGACCGAAUAUCUCUCAAGCAGCGGCAACUAUGUCUUUCAAGCGCUUGUUGGCAUGCUACAAACAGCUGAAUCGACAGACUCCUGGUAGCGGUGAAGGUGUGACGCAUGGUAUUCUUCUUGAAGACGAGAAGUCACGUGGAGACAUUAUCAAGUUUUACAAUCGGUGCUACAUUGCACCAAUGAAGGUCUUUAUUCUUCAAUUCCAGUGUCACGAAUCUCAAAUGGCUGCAGCUGACGCGGUAGUGGCCGAGGCUUCUGGUACUCCCCAAACACUGACCCCAGGCUUCACUCCUCGACGAGAAGGUAGCAACGGCACUAUGGGCUUAUCAGCGUCUUCCUCCGAUGCCGAAAGCAUCGCCCGAGCAGCGUCAGAAGCUGUUCAAAAGCUCUUUCAAACACACAACAACUCCAGCUCAACGAACGAUAGAAGCAGUGUGCUUCCGAGCACCCCACCGCGUCCAAAUCGCCGUGGAAUGCGAUCCCCUUUUGUAUCGUCUCCAGCCGUAUCAGCGCUUCAGAUGUUCACCUCAGCUGAAGUCCAAACGCUGCCUGUAUCAAUGAACCAGACGUCCCCAAAACGCGUCAAGUCCUCAAACGUCUUCAUGUCUCCACUGCAACAAGUUCGCUUGGAUCGACGUUCCGAACUCACUCCGCGCUCACACGCUCUGUAUGCAAUUGGCGAAAGUCCAGCACGGGAUCUGGCGUUGAUUAACCGCGCAGUUAACACGGCACCCGCAAAUUUGCGACGUGUUCGUGCCCCGGAUCUUGUCAUGGAUAGCGACACCGAACAUGACGGCAAUGAUACUAUUCCGAUCCGUAAGAAACAGAAAACAGCAUCAUAGGAGACGUUCCCAAGUUGUAGUCGUGCUGCUGUGUAAAUUAUGCGUAAUAUGUUUUUUUUACUAAGGCUCCGGCAGGAAUCACGGAUGUUUCUGGAACA